GAGGAGAGGAUAACUUGGAGAAAGAAGGUAGACGGCGGGUUUUAGGGCUGUGAGUACUUUUGAGGAAGGUCUCCACAUAAGAUUCGCGAGAGGAGUCGAGGUGGCGGGACUAGCCGCCCAGCCGAUGGUGGGAGGAGCCUCGCGUUCGGCCGCGCUUGGCGCUUGCCCCGGGUUGGCUGCGCGUGCGGCGGGAGUAGAGGCGCCCUGCGCACCAGGAAGUGACUCUUUCCCCGCCGCAGCAAGCCAGGCCAUCCCCUGGCCUUUUACUUUGCCGCCUCAGGUUUGAAAGAGGAUUUAUUGGUUACAAAGGAAGGUUGGAGAUGCUGAGGCAUGAAGAAAUCAAGUGAUUUCUUUGAAUCAGAGCCUAAGGAAAGGCAGUGACACACGUUGAACACUGGCUGUCUUAAGCACAGUCCUGAACAUGUCAUAUAUAUGAACUCUUUUAAUUCUCACCCAAACUGUGAAAGGCUGGCUGAUGUUGUGACACCACUCUGGAGGUUGAGCUAUGAAGAACAGCUCAAGGUUAAAUUUGAAGCUCAGAAGAAAAUUUUACAAAGACUAGAGUCUUACAUCCAAAUGCUCAAUGGAGUCGAUGUGACAACAGCUGUACCCAAAUCUGAGAGGCUCUCUUGUCUUCUCCAUCCUAUUAUACCCUCUCCUGUCAUCAAUGGUUACCGAAAUAAGUCCACCUUCUCUGUGAACCGAGGUCCAGAUGGCAAUCCAAAGACCGUGGGGUACUACCUGGGUACUUGGAGAGGUGGGAACAUUGUCUGUGUGCAGUCUAAUCAUCUGAAAAACAUCCCUGAGAAACAUAGUCAAGUGGCACAGUACUAUGAAAUAUUCCUUCGACAGUCUCCAAUGGAGCCCUGCCUUGUAUUUCAUGAAGGUGGAUACUGGCGUGAGCUCAUAGUCCGCACCAAUAGCCAAGGGCACACAAUGGCAAUCAUCACUUUGCAUCCCCAGAAAUUAAGUCAGGAGGAGCUCCGUGGUCAGAAGGAGAUUGUAAAGGAAUUUUUCAUCAAAGGUCCUGGAGCAGCCUGUGAUUUGACCUCACUUUACUUUCAGGAAAGUACCAUGACCCGUUGCAGCCAUCAGCAGUCCCCCUUUGAGCUUCUGUUUGGAGAACCCUACAUCUUUGAAGAACUUCUGAGCUUGAAGAUUCGCAUUUCUCCAGAUGCCUUUUUCCAGAUUAACACUGCUGGUGCAGAGAUGCUGUAUCGGACUGUUGGGGAGCUGGCUGGAGUGAACUCUGACACCAUCCUUCUUGACAUCUGCUGUGGAACUGGUGUGAUUGGUCUCUCUCUGGCUCAGCAUACAUCUCAGGUCCUCGGGAUUGAAUUGGUGGAGCAGGCAGUGGAGGAUGCAAGGUGGACUGCAGCUUACAAUGGUAUCACCAACUCUGAAUUUCACACUGGUCGAGCAGAGAAGAUUUUGCCAGGGCUUUUAAAGUCAAAGGAAGAUGGACAGUCAAUUGUUGCUGUGGUGAACCCAGCCCGUGCCGGACUGCAUUACAAGGUGGUUCAAGCCAUUCGAAACUGCAGGGCCAUCCGCAGGCUAGUUUUUGUUUCCUGCAAGCUCCACGGUGAAACCACAAGGAAUGUCAUUGAGCUGUGCUGUCCUCCAAACCCUGCUAAGAAGCUCUUAGGUGAGCCCUUUCUCCUGCAGCAAGCUGUACCUGUGGAUUUGUUCCCCCACACCCCACACUGUGAGCUGGUGCUCCUCUUCAGUCGAUGAGCAGCCUCCUAGAAGACUGCAGGCUAUUUGUUUAGGCUUAAGUUUCAGAAACUUUUAGGUUCGGCAUAUUGCUACAUUACAGACCCUGGGAGCAUUACAGUGGAAACCAAUCUUUGGUUUGUGAAUAGGAAGAAUGUAAUAGGCCUCUGGUCUGAGGUAGAUUUUUUUUUUUUUUUUUGAGAUGGAGUCUCGCUCUUGCCCAGGCUGAAGUGCAAUGGCAUGAUCUCGGCUCACUACAACCUCUACCUCCUGGAUUCAAGCAAUUCUCAUGCCUCAGCUUCCCCAGUAGCUAGAAUUACAAGCAUGUGCCACCAUGCCCAGCUAAUUUUUGUAUUUUUAGUAGAGACGGGUUUCACCAUGCUGGCCAGGCUGAUUUCAAACUCCUGACCUCAAGUGAUCCACCUGCCUUGACCUCCAAAAGUGCUGGGAUUACAGGCGUGAGCCACUGCACCCAGCUGAGGCAGACUUAACCUUAGUUUUCAGAUUCCCUUUCCAUCAUGCCUGUUUGCUUGGGUUUGACCACUCCCAAUUCCUGGAUCUGGACUGUUUCUUCCUAUUGCUGUCAGCCUUGGUUCUAAUUUAUAGUCUUAUCUCCUCCAUCUGAUUCUGCUUAUGGUGUGGUAACAAAUGAGCUUUUUUUAGCAGCUGGUAAUAAUUUUACAUUGACUGGGGUCUGUGUAUUUGCUCAGAUGCUACUAUUUUUAGAUAUUUCUAAGACUUCUGGAUUCAUGAGAUAGUCAAGGAUUAAAACCAGAAACAGUCGAGGUUUUUAAAAAGCAGAGUAAGCCAUGAAGUGAAUACAGGAUGACUGAGUGAUAAUAUGAGAUUAAUUCCUUUGGGUUUUCUUGGCUUUAAGGCCUCUCGAAUGCCCCUUGAAAAUGUAGUUAUCCCUGGUGUUGGGCACCUGUAAUCCCAGCUACUCAGGAAGCUGAGGCUGGAGAAUUGCUUGAACCUGGGAGGCAGAGGUUGCAGUGAGCUGAAAUCGUGCCACUGCACUCCAGCCUGGGUGACAGAGCGAGACUCCAUCUCAAAAAAAAAAAAGAAAAUGUAGUUAUCCCUAGGAGCAAUAGCACCAAUUAACUCAUUCAUGGAGGAAGAAUUGGUUAUUGGAGAGACCCUAAGGGAAAGGAGCUUUUCAAAGAGACUCAAUACCUGUAAUUGUGCUGUGUAGUGUGGAGGCAGAAAGCUCCAAAAUCUAAUAUGUAGCAUAAUAAAGUGGAUACUGAAAACUGACUCUA